AUGCAUUUCAUCAAGGCUGUUGUCUGGGGUAUAUCCCUUGCUGCUGUCAACGCGGCUGCUGUGCCUGCAGAUGGAUCUGGUGUUACUACCUGCGAGUACUCCGGCGGCGACCGAGCCUGCGAAGCUCAUUGCAUUGAGAAGGGUAAAACCUUUGUAUCUUGUGCACCUGAGUGCACGUGUUCCGGUCGCUUGGGCAAUCCUCUGAGACGCCUUCUCAAGAGGAAGACUACAUCGUCUGCCAAGCCUACCACUUCGAAGCCCGCUACUACCUCCAAGAAGCCCACCACCACUUCCAAGCCUGCUACUACAUCUAAGAAGCCCACUACCACGUCUAAGCCUGCUACUACAUCUAAGAAGCCUACAACUACCUCCAAGCCUGUUACCACUUCCAAGAAGCCCACUACUACUUCGAAGCCUGCCACUACGUCUAAGCCUGCCACCACAUCCAAGAAGCCAACGACCACGUCUAAGCCUGCUACAACUUCGAAGCCCGCUACCACUUCCAAGCCCACUACCACUUCCAAGCCCGCUACCACUUCUAAGCCUGCUACAACCUCGAAGCCCGCUACCACUUCCAAGCCCGCUACCACUUCCAAGCCCACUACCACUUCCAAGCCCGCUACCACUUCUAAGCCUGCUACAACCUCGAAGCCCGCUACCACUUCCAAGCCCGCUACCACUUCUAAGCCUGCUACAACCUCGAAGCCCGCUACCACUUCCAAGCCCGCUACCACUUCCAAGCCCACUACCACUUCCAAGCCCGCUACCACUUCUAAGCCUGCUACAACCUCGAAGCCCGCUACCACUUCCAAGCCCGCUACCACUUCUAAGCCUGCUACAACCUCGAAGCCCGCUACCACUUCCAAGCCCGCUACCACUUCCAAGCCCGCUACCACUUCCAAGCCUGCCACUACCUCGAAGCCUGCCACUACCUCGAAGCCUGCCACUACCUCGAAGCCUGCCACUACCUCGAAGCCUCCCACCACGACUUCAAAGCCCGCUACAACCUCCAAGCCUACGACAACUUCCAAGGCUGCGACAACAACCUCCAAGGCUUCGUCGAGCUCAUCCUCCUUCAGUACCAGCUCCAAGGCUUCUACUUCUACUAGUGCCCCUGCUUCCACUAGCAAGGCUUCUACCUCCACCAGUGCUGCCGCUUCUACAAGCAAGGCUUCAACCAGCACAAGCUCAGCUGCAGCUUCUACCAGCUCUUCUGCUUCUACCUCUGCUGCUGCUUCCACCUCGUCCUCCGCUGCUGUCUCAUCUUCUUCUGCUGCUGCCUCAUCCAGUGCUGCAUCCAGCCAGGCCACUGGUGCCCCUGCUGGCGGUGUCACAACCUCCACUUCCGAUGAUGACGAGUCUACUACUAGUACUCUUGCCAGCGAGUCCUCCAGUGCUGCAGCUUCUUCAAGCACUGCUGUGACUUCUGAUGAGUCUGACAACGAGUCUACCAGCUCCGAAGUCGGUGGCAGCACAUCUGCUGACCCGACCUCCUCUGAGGCUACUAGCAGUGCUGCUGCAAGCUCCACUAGCGAGGCUGAUGACGAGACUACCACUAUCGUAUCCUCUGCUUCUGCUGAUCAGUCUUCUUCCUCUGCCGCUGUUGAUGAUGAGACCACUACCUCUUCUGCGGCUGCCGGUACUACUACCACUGAGGCCGAUGAGGAGAGCACUACCUCUGCUGCUGACGAAGAGACUACAACCUCCGCUACUGACGAAGAGACUACCACCUCUGCUGCUGAUGAGGAGACUACCACCUCCGCUGCUGACGAAGAGACUACCACCUCUGCUGCUGAUGAGGAGACUACCACCUCUGCUGCUGAUGAGGAGACUACCACCUCCGCUGCUGACGAAGAGACUACCACCUCUGCUGCUGAUGAGGAGACUACCACCUCCGCUGCUGAUGAGGAGACUACCACCUCCGCUGCUGACGAAGAGACUACCACCUCUGCUGCUGAUGAGGAGACUACCACCUCUGCUGCUGACGAAGAGACUACCACCUCUGCUGCUGAUGAGGAGACUACCACCUCCGCUGCUGACGAAGAGACUACCACCUCUGCUGCUGAUGAGGAGACUACCACCUCCGCUGCUGACGAAGAGACUACCACCUCUGCUGCUGAUGAGGAGACCACUACCUCUGCCGCUGGUGGUGCUACUACUACUGAUGUCGACGAGGAGACAUCCACUUCUGCCGAUGUCACUACCUCAGAAGAAGUUGAUGAGUCUACCACUACCGCUGCCGCCGCCUCUACCACUGGCGAGGCGGAUGAGACCACCACAUCUGUUGCUGACGAGGAGACCACUACCUCUGUUGCUGAUGCUACUACUACUAAUGUCGACGAAGACACUACCACCUCUGCUGCUGGCGAAGACAGUACCACCUCUGCUGCUGAUGAGGAGACUACCACCUCUGUUGCUGAUAAGGAGACUACCACCUCUUCUGCUGUCGAAGAAACCACUACUUCUGAUGCCGAUGAGGAGACCAGCACUUCAGCUGCUGCUGUCGGUACCACCACUUCGGACGCUGAUGAGGAAACUUCAACCUCCGCUGCCGAUGCUACCACUUCUGAUGCUGAUGAAGAGACAUCUACUUCCGCUGCUGGAGCUGGUACUACCACCUCUGAGGCUGAUGAGGAGACUAGCACCUCCGCUGCUGCUUCCACUACUGACGUCGAUGAGGAGACCUCUACUUCUGCUGCCGCUGCUAGCACUUCUGAUGAGGUUGAUGAGACUACCACUUCUGCUGCUGACGACGAGACCACUACUUCCGCUGCCGGUGCUUCUACCACUGAUGUCGAUGAGGAAACUAGCACUUCGGCUGCUGCAGGCACCACCACUUCUGAGGCUGACGAAGAGACCACUUCAGCUGACGCUGGUACUUCCACCUCAGUUGCUGAUGACGAGACCUCUAGCGCUACUACUCUUGUCACCCUGACCCGUACUACCAGCACCGCCGAUGAGGAGUCAUCCACAGCUACCUCUGAAGAUCUCACUGGUGCCCCUGCUGGAAUCUCUACCACUUCUUCUGCCGCUGAUGAGGAGUCAUCUACCCAGGCCGCUUCUUAUACGUCGGUCGCUGAUGAGGAGACAUCUACCUCCGUCGCUGAUGAGACCACUAGCCAGGCUGCUAGCAGCACCUCUGUUGAUGAGGAGUCUACGAGCCAGGCUGCUUCAUCCACUGCCGAUGCUACCACUUCUUCUUCUGCUGCUGAUGAGGAGUCUUCUACUCAGGUUGCCUCCACCAGCUCUGCUGAUGAGAGCACUAACCAAGCGGCUUCCUCCACAUCAGUCGCUGAUGAGGAGACUACCUCCAGCCAGGCUGCCUCUUCUACUGCCGCUGCUGAUGAUGAGACUACGAGCCAAGCUGCUGCCACAACUUCUUCAUUUGUUGAUGAAUCCACCAGCCAGGCCGCUUCAUCCACUUCUGUUGCAGAUGAAGAGACUACCUCUGCUGCCGCUUCUACCUCUUCUUCUGCUGCCGAUGAGUCUACCAGCGAGGCCGCCUCUAGCACGUCUGUUGCUGAGUCUAGCACUUCUGUUGAGGAGUCCACCUCUGCUUCUGCCACCACCUCUGAAGCCGAGUCUACCUCCGCUGCUGUCACUACCUCAUCCUCUGUCGACGAGUCUUCCAGCCAGCCCGCCAGCACCAGUUCUGCUGCUGCUGAUGAGACGACUAGCUCCGCUGCCGCCUCUACCUCAUCCGAUGCUGAGACGUCUACUUCUGCUGAUGAGUCUACCUCUGUUGCUGCCUCCACCUCAUCCUCUACUGAGGAGUCCUCAAGCCAAGCUGCUUCUAGCACCUCUGCCGACGAUGAGACUACUACUUCUCAAGCUACUACACUGUCGACUGCUGUCCGAACCGAUAGUACAUCAGCUGAUGAGACAUCUUCUUCCGCUGUCGAGUCUAGCAGCUCUGCCGCCGCCUCCACUUCGGCUGAUGAGACCUCCAGCUCUGCCGCCGAGACUUCUUCUUCCGCUGCUGCUGAAACAUCUAGCUCUGCCGCCGAGACUUCUUCAGCUGCUGCCGAGACCUCUUCUCCUUCUUCUUCUGCCGCUGAGACCUCUUCCUCCGCCGCCGAAACCUCCAGCUCUGCUGCUGAGACCUCCAGUUCUGCUGCUGAGACUUCUUCUUCUGCCGCCGAAACCUCUAGCUCUGCUGCUGAGACCUCUUCCUCCGCAGCUGAAACUUCUUCUUCUGCCGCUGAGACCUCAUCUUCAGCUGCUGCUGAAACCUCUAGUUCUGCCGCCGAGACUUCUUCAGCUGCUGCCGAAACCUCCAGCUCUGCCGCUGAGACCUCUUCCUCCGCCGCCGAAACCUCCAGCUCUGCUGCUGAGACCUCAUCUUCAGCUGCUGCUGAAAACUCUUCUUCUGCCGCCGAAACCUCUAGCUCUGCUGCUGAGACCUCUAGUUCUGCCGCUGAGACUUCUUCUUCUUCUGCUGCUGAGACCUCUAGUUCUGCCGCUGAGACUUCUUCUUCUUCUGCCGCCGAAACCUCUAGCUCUGCUGCUGAGACCUCUUCCUCCGCAGCUGAGACUUCCUCCUCUGCUGCCGAAACCUCUUCUGCAGCUGAGACUACCUCUGCCUCGAGCACUUCAGAAGCUGAUGCCACAUCAACGUCUGCUGAUGAGACCACCAGUCAGCCCACGACCCUGUCCACAGUGGUGCGAACCGAGUCGGAGUCCUCAACAUCUGAGGCUGCUACCACCACUACUUCGGGUGGCCAGUAG